AUGACUUGUAGCAUUGAAGCAAGUGACCGGUCACCCAUAUAUGAAGAUGAAACUUGUGGUCCCUGUGAAGAAACGACUGAUUGGCCUUUGGAACUUGGUCACACUGAAACAAGUGACCAGUCGCCUGUAUCUGGAUAUGAAACAGGUGCUCUCGGUGUCGAAACGACCGAUCACACUGAAGCAAGUGACCAGGCGCCUGUAUCUGAAAAUAAUGACAGUGAUUCUUGUAUGGAUGAGUUCGAUGCAAUACCCCCUGCUCUGCUAGUGCCCCAAUCUACUCGUGAUAGUGAAUCAAGUGAGUUACCCCCACGAACCACUCGUGGGAAACCUAAAGUACAAUAUUCUCCUGAUAUACAUGCCAAUGUAUGUGUGCCAACUAAGCUGCAUGAUGCUUUAUCUAACCCAAAAUGGAUGGAUGCCAUGAAUGUUGAAAUGGAUGCCUUGAACAAGAAUAAAACAUGGGAUUUAGUUCCUUUGCCACAAGGGAAGAAAGUUGUUGGAUGCAGAUGGGUGUUUACUUUGAAACAUAAAGCUGAUGGUUCCAUUGACCGUUACAAGGCUAGAUUAGUAGCAAAGGGUUAUACUCAGACCUAUGGAGUGGAUUAUUUGGAGAUCUUUGCUCCAGUGGCAAAGCUCAAUACUAUGCAUGUACUAUUGUCCCUGGCUGCUAACCACGACUGGCCUUUAUUACAAUUCGAUGUCAAAAAUGCAUUUCUACAUGGUGACCUCAAUGAGGAGAUUGACAUGGAUCUCCCUCCUGGUAUUCCUGUAACCUCUAAGAAGGGUGUUGUGUGUAAGUUGCGGAAGUCUUUAUAUGGAUUGAAGCAGUCUCCAAGAGCUUGGUUUGGGAGAUUUGUAGCACCUAUGAAGAAAUUUGGGAAUGCGCAGAGUAACUCAGACCAUACUUUGUUUCUAAAGCGUCAUAAAGAGACUGGAAUGUUAGAUUGUAAACCAAUUGAUACCCCUAGUGAACAGAAUCAUAAGUUAAGGUUGUAUCCUCAUCAAGUCCCUACAGAUAAAGAGCGUUAUCAACGACUUGUGGGGAAAUUGAUUUAUUUAUCUCAUACACGUCCUGAUAUUGCAUAUGCAGUAUCUGAAAGUAACUCCUGGAAAGGGGUUAAUGUUUUGCAAGUAUGGUCAUACAAUGUGGAAGGGUAUACGGAUGCUGAUUGGGCUGAUUUAGUCACUAAUAGACAUUCUGCUUCUGGGUAUUUCACAUUUGUUGGUGGUAAUCUUGUUACUUGGAGGAGUAAAAAGCAAAAAGUGGUGUCUAGGUCUAGUGCUGAGGCCGAGUACCGUGGGAUGGCUCAAGGUGUGUGCGAGUUACUAUGGUUGAGAAGAUUGUUGAGGGAUCUUGGGUUUGGACCCCAGAAACCCAUGGAUUUGUAUUGUGAUAAUAAAGCUGCAAUUGCAAUUGCACAUAACCCUGUGCAACAUGAUCGUACAAAGCACGUGGAGGUUGAUCGACAUUUUGUUAAAGAGAAGUUAGAUGCUGAAAUGAUUUCUUUUCCAUUUAUAUCAUCCGAGUAUCAACUGGCAAAUGUUCUUACGAAAGUUGUGUCUACUACGGUCUUUCUCAACUCGCUUGAGAAGUGUAACAUCUUUGCUCCAACUUGA